AUGUCAGGCAGUAGAAAGAGCCCAGGAGUGGUGUUGUGUGCGGUUCAGAAGCUGGUGUUGUGUGCGGUUCAGAAGCUGGUGUUGUGUGCGGUUCAGAAGCUGGUGUUGUGUGCGGUUCAGAAGCUGGUGUUGUGUGCGGUUCAGAGGCUGGUGUUGUGUGCGGUUCAGAGGCUGGUGUUGUGUGCGGUUCAGAAGCUGGUGUUGUGUGCGGUUCAGAAGCUGGUGUUGUGUGCGGUUCAGAAGCUGGUGUUGUGUGCGGUUCAGAAGCUGGUGUUGUGUGCGGUUCAGAAGCUGGUGUUGUGUGCGGUUCAGAAGCUGGUGUUGUGUGCGGUUCAGAAGCUGGUGUUGUGUGCGGUUCAGAAGCUGGUGUUGUGUGCGGUUCAGAAGCUGGUGUUGUGUGCGGUUCAGAAGCUGGUGUUGUGUGCGGUUCAGAAGCUGGUGUUGUGUGCGGUUCAGAAGCUGGUGGUGUGUGCGGUUCAGAGGCUGGUGUUGUGUGCGGUUCAGACGCUGGUGUUGUGUGCGGUUCAGAAGCUGGUGUUGUGUGCGGUUCAGAGGCUGGUGUUGUGUGCGGUUCAGAAGCUGGUGGUGUGUGUGGUUCAGAAGCUGGUGUUGUGUGCGGUUCAGAGGCUGGUGUUGUGUGCGGUUCAGAAGCUGGUGUUGUGUGCGGUUCAGAAGCUGGUGUUGUGUGCGGUUCAGAGGCUGGUGUUGUGUGCGGUUCAGAGGCUGGUGUUGUGUGCGGUUCAGAAGCUGGUGUUGUGUGCGGUUCAGAAGCUGGUGUUGUGUGCGGUUCAGAAGCUGGUGUUGUGUGCGGUUCAGAAGCUGGUGUUGUGUGCGGUUCAGAAGCUGGUGUUGUGUGCGGUUCAGAAGCUGGUGUUGUGUGCGGUUCAGAAGCUGGUGGUGUGUGUGGUUCAGAAGCUGGUGUUGUGUGCGGUUCAGAGGCUGGUGUUGUGUGCGGUUCAGAAGCUGGUGUUGUGUGCGGUUCAGAAGCUGGUGUUGUGUGCGGUUCAGAAGCUGGUGUUGUGUGCGGUUCAGAAGCUGGUGUUGUGUGCGGUUCAGAAGCUGGUGUGUGCGGUUCAGAAGCUGGUGUUGUGUGUGGUUCAGAAGCUGGUGGUGUGUGCGGUUCAGAAGCUGGUGUUGUGUGUGGUUCAGAAGCUGGUGUUGUGUGCGGUUCAGAGGCUGGUGUUGUGUGCGGUUCAGAAGCUGGUGUUGUGUGCGGUUCAGAAGCUGGUGUUGUGUGCGGUUCAGAAGCUGGUGUGUGCGGUUCAGAAGCUGGUGUUGUGUGCGGUUCAGAAGCUGGUGUUGUGUGCGGUUCAGAAGCUGGUGUUGUGUGCGGUUCAGAAGCUGGUGUUGUGUGUGGUUCAGAAGCUGGUGUUGUGUGCGGUUCAGAAGCUGGUGUUGUGUGCGGUUCAGAAGCUGGUGUUGUGUGCGGUUCAGAGGCUGGUGUUGUGUGCGGUUCAGAAGCUGGUGUUGUGUGCGGUUCAGAAGCUGGUGUUGUGUGCGGUUCAGAGGCUGGUGUUGUGUGCGGUUCAGAAGCUGGUGUUGUGUGCGGUUCAGAAGCUGGUGUUGUGUGCGGUUCAGAAGCUGGUGUUGUGUGCGGUUCAGAAGCUGGUGUUGUGUGCGGUUCAGAAGCUGGUGUUGUGUGCGGUUCAGAAGCUGGUGUUGUGUGCGGUUCAGAAGCUGGUGUUGUGUGCGGUUCAGAAGCUGGUGGUGUGUGUGGUUCAGAAGCUGGUGUUGUGUGCGGUUCAGAGGCUGGUGUUGUGUGCGGUUCAGAAGCUGGUGUUGUGUGCGGUUCAGAAGCUGGUGUUGUGUGCGGUUCAGAAGCUGGUGUUGUGUGCGGUUCAGAAGCUGGUGUUGUGUGCGGUUCAGAAGCUGGUGUUGUGUGCGGUUCAGAAGCUGGUGUUGUGUGCGGUUCAGAAGCUGGUGUUGUGUGCGGUUCAGAAGCUGGUGUUGUGUGCGGUUCAGAGCGGUUCAGAGGCUGGUGUGUGUGCGGUUCAGAAGCUGGUGUUGUGUGCGGUUCAGAAGCUGGUGUUGUGUGCGGUUCAGAAGCUGGUGUUGUGUGCGGUUCAGAAGCUGGUGUUGUGUGCGGUUCAGAAGCUGGUGUUGUGUGCGGUUCAGAAGCUGGUGUUGUGUGCGGUUCAGAAGCUGGUGUUGUGUGCGGUUCAGAAGCUGGUGUUGUGUGUGGUUCAGAAGCUGGUGUUGUGUGCGGUUCAGAGGCUGGUGUUGUGUGCGGUUCAGAGGCUGGUGUUGUGUGCGGUUCAGAAGCUGGUGUUGUGUGCGGUUCAGAGGCUGGUGUUGUGUGCGGUUCAGAAGCUGGUGUUGUGUGCGGUUCAGAAGCUGGUGUUGUGUGCGGUUCAGAAGCUGGUGUUGUGUGCGGUUCAGAGGCUGGUGUUGUGUGCGGUUCAGAAGCUGGUGUUGUGUGCGGUUCAGAAGCUGGUGUUGUGUGCGGUUCAGAAGCUGGUGUUGUGUGCGGUUCAGAAGCUGGUGUUGUGUGCGGUUCAGAAGCUGGUGUUGUGUGCGGUUCAGAAGCUGGUGUUGUGUGCGGUUCAGAAGCUGGUGUUGUGUGCGGUUCAGAAGCUGGUGGUGUGUGUGGUUCAGAAGCUGGUGUUGUGUGCGGUUCAGAGGCUGGUGUUGUGUGCGGUUCAGAAGCUGGUGUUGUGUGCGGUUCAGAAGCUGGUGUUGUGUGCGGUUCAGAAGCUGGUGUUGUGUGCGGUUCAGAAGCUGGUGUUGUGUGCGGUUCAGAAGCUGGUGUUGUGUGCGGUUCAGAAGCUGGUGUUGUGUGCGGUUCAGAAGCUGGUGUUGUGUGCGGUUCAGAAGCUGGUGUUGUGUGUGUCUAACCUGCGCUUGUUGACUCACUUUAAAGAAUUAGACCCUCUGCUUUUUGCCUCAGAGGCCGGAUGCGACUCUGAAAACCGUUACCUUGGCAAUCCACUCCGAGGGACCUGCUACUAUAAUCUCCUGAUAGAUUACCAGUUCACCUUCAGCCUGAUCCAAGAAGAGGACAGCCACUACACUGCCAUCAACUUCAUGGCCUCCCCAGAGCAGGCCAACAAGAAUCUGGACAUGUCCAUAAACGCCUCCAAUAACUUCAACCUGAACAUCACGUGGUCCGUGGGAUCAACAGUUCAGACGCUGUCUUCCUGCAUUAUCAUCAUAAAGGACUUAUGA